GUGCGGUAUCGGUUGGUACUCUGCCUCUUCUGGGCAAGCGCGCUGCUCCCCUUGCGGAAGGGGCCAGAUUACCCGGGAAAGCGGGGCGGUGAAUGAGUCCGAGUGCCUCUGUGGUUCAGGCUCGUUCAUGUGCGGCGAGACAACGAGCUGUGAAAGCUGUUUUGAGGGCCUCUUCUGCCAAGAAGGCCUGGGUCCUCCUGUACAACUUGCCGGCUUUUGGACAAAGGACGCUUCUACGGGCUGUGACUUUUCCGUUCUUCGCUGUCGCAAUGCGCGAGAGUGUCCCCAAGCGGCACUCGGCACGUGCGCCGACGGAAGAGAAGGAAUUGCUUGCAAUAAUUGCAAGGCAAGGCAUUAUCCCAGGGAGAAUGGUACCUGUCUGCCCUGUGGUGAGACAGACGCCUUGCCCGGAGUCAUAGCCUUCGUUGCAAUCCCGAUUGCCUUGCUGCUCCUGAAAAUGUUGAGAGUCGAGCCCAGCCAGGUCAGUUUCAACUUGCUGACCGCGGCGGCAGUGUCGAGCCAGCUGCUCGUGGCGAUUCAAACCCUCGGCUCCAUUCAGCAGCUGUCCAUUGAGUGGCAGCAGCCUGUGCUUCAACUCUUGGAGUUGACGAAGCUUCUAACGUUUGACUUGGAUUUCAUCCGUAUCACAUGCAUCUAUGGAACGGAUAGCCCCGUGCUGAAGUUUGCGAGUCGACUGCUUGCUUGUCCUUUGGCUUGCGCCUGCCUUCUAGUCAGCUGGUGUUUGUCAAAGAUGCUGGGACGCCCGAAACCCUUGGACACAGUGCUCAACCUUUGUGGCCUCUUGAUCUUCGCCUUCUACCUGUCCAUCGCACUCGCAACCUUGGUUCCCUUUCAAUGUGCUCCAAAUCCAGAUCAGACCGCCUCGAUGGUCUCCGAUCCAGGCAUUGCUUGCUACAGCUCUGACGAGCACGCAGCUCUUCUGGCUUUAGCGGUGUGUGGGCUGCUGAGCCAACCUCUGGCAUUCCUGGCCGUGGCUACCUAUGCAACCAUCAUGUACCCGUGGCGGGUCGGAUCUGGCCGGGGGCUGCGCUUGAUGAACCGGUAUCGCUUCUUGUUCCACCGAUUCAAACCGGAGAGGUAUAAACACGGCCUCUUUCUCCUCUACCGAAACAGUAUCGUGGCCCUCUUACCCGUCGCUGUGGACGUGCCAGGGAUCCAGGUGCCGGUCAUGGGGACCAUCCUCCUUGCCAGCUUAGCACUGCAAGCCCGGACGUUUCCCUGGCGCACUGAGCAGGCAAACCACGUGGACCUGGCAUUGACUGGUCUGUUGAUUAUUGUGCUACUGGGCGCUGCGCCCCUCCUGAAGCUCGACGAAACAGAGUCCGUGCUUUCCCUGGGCAUGUUCCUAUGCAUACCCGUGGUGAUGAUCCUGGUGGUAGCCUUGCUGGCCCUUCUGCGAGCCAUCGUAAACCAUUUUCGGAAGCGGUGUCAAUACGGCAUCUUUCUCUGCCACCACAAGGGUGGCGCCGGGAGCCUCUGCCGGUUGAUGAAGCUCUUGAUUGCACGACACAGCCCGAUAAGGGUCUUCUUGGAUUGUGACCAGCUGGAAAACUUAGACUACCUCUUUGACAUCGUGCGCACCGAAACAAAGAGCGUGGUGGUCGUCCUGACGACGAAUCUCCUUUCACGAUCUUGGUGCGCCGGUGAAAUCACUACAGCAUGGAAGAAUAACAUCACGACGGUACCGUUGCAAUGCGACGGAUUCAAACUGCUGGACGACGAGGCAUUGAAGCUGAUUCCGACAACGUGGACACCGCAGCAGAAACAGGUCCUCGCAAACUACGGGGUUGCACUGGGCGAUGUCAUGUCCGCGUACGUUUGGUUGCAGCAUAACCUGGCACAUCUGCAGAUGCCUCGCUCUGGACCG